CCUCACGUGCGGGGACUCGCUCCAGGCGCAACUUCGGAAGCGGCGGGUGCGUAGAUUUACCGAGGAUAGAACUCCGAUAAACACUCUGCAGAACCCACAACAACAGCUGUCAAGCAGCAACGCACCGAAAGCCGAUGGAAGGCUCAGCGUCGGCCUCUGCCGAAGGUGCCGACAGCCCUGUCAAUGCGCGUCCGAAAAGAUCCCGGACGGGCUGCAUGACAUGCCGGAAUCGUCGACGAAAGUGCGAUGAGGGAAAGCCGAUCUGUCAGAAUUGCAUAUCGAAAGGGUUCGAGUGUCGAUAUGCAAGUGCAUUCCAGAUACUUGGAAAGCAUAACUUCACGCCGGAAGUCAAGACUGACGUGAAAUACGCCAACGUUCGUUUCGCUGGAGAUGAUGGUGAAGAACCGGUGUCGGAGACUGCAAACCAGCCAGCAAAGGCAGCUGGGAGCCGGCAGAAUGCCCCUGCGCAGACACAGUCCGUUGUCCUUCCAGAUAGACAAGUAGGAACAACUUCAAUCGACACCAGCACCCAAAGCCAUUCGGGUCAUAAGCUCCCGCCGAACAACUACGAGUUCGCAUCGGACGGUUUGUUGGCACUUGGCUUUACUUCUGGAACGGCUCAAGGGGCGGACUUUUUUGUAGUACCAAGCGUCAGGGAAAAACAUGCGGUUUCGACAUUUGACUUUGCCAGGGAUGACAACCUGGAUCCAACUUUGAACGGCAAUAGUCUAGAGAGGCGACCUGGAGUGCAUCGAACAGAGACUGGGCAUCAGUCAACACUGAGCUUUGACACGAUAGGCCAUAGCAUGCCUGGACCAUCUCCAGGCUUCCAGAACUUUAGAGGUUCGGAAGACUUAAACCGGAUUCACGGAGCUCCAAACUCCAACGCAAUGAUUCCAGCAGGCGGCCAUCCUGCCCAUGCAGUAGCGGCGGGUCGUGACCUUGAGCUUUUGAAGUUCUACAGGUACAACAUUGCACCUUGGCUGGACAUCUGCGACACCGACCAACACUUCGGUGUGGCUCUAUUGACAAACCCAACCCAGGUACCGAGCUUGCGUGCCUCUGUCAUACGAUUGGCGGCGAGUUCCUCGAACAUGGCGUGGGUAUUGGAAGACUUGGACGUCGGCAAAAGCACGUCAGAAAGGGGCAUGAACGACAGCGCUGCGCCAAAUGCAACUCUGGAGACAGUCGUGUGCGUACUGGAUGUUCUUGCUGAUAUGAUUCCCAAUCUUGCCGCAAUCUGGCUAAGAAGCGACAGUGGGCAAAGCCGAAUGUAUCUCCUGGAGAAACUGUUACUCGAGCUUGGAUCCUCCAGUCUCAAUGCUUGUGGAUACUGGUUGUUGGUUAGGCUAGAGUUGAGUCGCGCAUUGAUGGCAGGCAAUAGCCGUAUUCCCCUCCCUUCCUUGACUGGGCAGCCUGGAGGACCCGGGAACAUCGACUCGAUAGCGCAAUGUGCAUAUGAUGCCGUCGCUCUAUGUGUGGACUCAGCCAUGUUCGCCAAAGGUGACGGUGAUCGUUGGCUCCAGCAACGUUAUGGGCUCAAUCGAGUGGAAGUGUGGAACACCCUGGUCCAAAGCUUCGCCCACUGGUAUAUGCACCGAUCGCAGGCGUUUCAACCCAUCAUUGAACUAUAUCCCAAAGACGGUGUGCUGGCCGAUGACGACUAUCCGACAAUCGUGUUUACUAGUGGUGCCGCGCUGUUGGCAAAUCAGCUAUACCACACAGGCAUGCUUCUGCUGCUGCAGAACAAGCCUCGAUUCGGGGACAAACCGAAUCAGAACUCGCCUUCGAUGUCGACUCUAUGGCACGCGCACCGCAUCUGUGGCAUUGCCAUCCAAAAUGACAGACCAGGCUGGUGGGACCCAUGUCUUGUCGCAUCUCUCAUUGUCGCGGGUCGUACAGCAACGCAUGCGAGUCAACAUAACGCAAUAGUCCGUACGCUUGAGUUUGUUCAGCGAUUGACUGGUUGGACCAUCCACCCAUAUGUUGAUCAGCUAAGAAGUGAGUGGCAGCUAGCAGAUGGUUGGUGAGAAUGCCGGUACUGCUUUAUCAUUUCCGGACGUCCGGACAUCCGAGACGGACUUGCUC